CCCCAUCGAACAGCAAGAGCAGAAAACAGAACACCCGAAGACUCACCAACAGAACUUCGGCACCCAUCUGCUGGCAAACAACUUCGAACUCGGCAACAGUUAGAGUAUCACGAAUCGAUUCAUCGAGCAACAAGAACAGCCCAACCGCGUGCACCAGUCCUACAGUUGACAUACGCAUACCGCAGGAGCAAACCAGAAAGACACACAAACACAACACAACAGACACAAACACAACAGACACAACUCACAGACCAUGGGCCAGGCAAUCUCCAUGGCCGCGGUCUACUGCUGCUGCACUGCCGGAUCCUCGCUGUGCCAGUCCUGCUUCGGAAGCGUGGAGGCCGGAACCACCGGGCGCAAGCGGUCCGUCCUGCUCCUGGCCAUUGUGAUUGCCCUCUCGCUCUGGUUCCAGUACGACGUCGGCCCCUCGAUCGUCCGAGACGAUCGAGACGGCUGGGUCGUGUGGACCCUGAAGUGGAUCCCCGGCCUCGGGGGCCGCGUGAGGAGGGCCUGGAUGGACCCCUGCCUUUCCAGCAGGGACUACGAGCCCUCCGAGGAGGAGCUCGGAGAAUGCGCCGGAAACGCCGGGGUCUACCGGCCGACGGGCCUCGCGACGCUCUACUUUUGCGCCAACGCGGCGGCCACAAAGAUGGUCCCGACCCUCAACCGCGAGGCCUGGCCGGCCAAGUACACCCUCUUUGCCUUCGCGCUCCUGCUGACGGUCUUUGUCCCGAGCGAUCCCCUCUUUUCCUCGGUCUACCUCUGGAUUGCCCGCCUGGGGGCGGCGGUCUUUCUCAUCGUCCAGCAGGUCAUCCUCAUCGACGUGGCCUACAACUGGAACGACGACUGGGUCGAAAAGGCCAACCAAAACGACCGCCUGAGCUUUGGGAGCGGCAGCGGCUGGCUCCACGCGAUCGUCGGAGUCUGCGUGGCCCUCUACGGGGCCUGCCUCUCCUGGAUCGCCCUCCUGUACGCCCACUACACCGGGGACGGCACCGGAAGCUGCGCCGGGAACACCUGGGCGAUCACCCUCACCCUCCUGGGCAUCACCGGCGUGACGGCCCUCCAGCUCUCCUCGGAGGGCGGCUCCCUCCUGACGAGCGGGGUCAUUUCCCUCUACGCGGUCUACCUGUGCUUUUCGAUCGUCAGCCACAACCCGGUGGGCCGGUGCAACCCCCGGCUGGGAGAGAACGACGUCUGGGGCAUCACCAUCGGCCUGGUCCUGACGACCGUCUCGCUGGCCUGGACCGGCUGGUCCUGGUCGGCCGAGCCCCGCCUAAGGAACGCCGAGAGCCUGCAAUCGGCCCGGGCGGUGGACGCCCCUACCGCUUUCUCCCCCUUUGGCGAAGACGGACACGACCACGAAAGCACCACCGGCGGUGGCUCCCUCGACCUCGGGGUCCCCCUGGUCGACGGGGAGGAAGCCGCCACGGCCGGGAGGGUGACGACGGACGGAUCCGCGGGCGCGGCGCGGCGGGAGUCCGCUUCGCUGGCCCACGUCUGGAAGCUCAACGCCGUCCUGGCCCUGGUGGCCUGCUACGUCGCCAUGGUCCUGACGGGCUGGGGGACCAUCUCCUCCGAGGUCGACCCCGUUCGGCACACGGCCGCGAACCCCACCGUCGGAAGGGCCAACAUGGCCAUCCUCGGGGUCUCGCAGUGGCUGGCCCUCCUCCUGUACGCCUGGACGCUGGUGGCCCCCCUCCUGUUCCCGGACCGGGACUUCUCGUAGCUGGCGCGGAACGAAAGGAAACGAAGCGAAACAAGACAAGACAGAAAAAAACAAAACAAACGAAGCGAAACGAAACGAAGCGAAACGAAACGAAACGAAACACACCAUCGGAGGCCCCGCGGUCCGAGCGAAACGACCACGAACAACAGCGAAGAGCAACCGUGUCGCAGCAUUCGGAAGCCAGCCCACGAGGCAAAGAACCGAAGCGAAGCGAACCCGAACAGAAAGAGUUACUGUAACGAAUAUGGAAAUAACGCCCAUCGAACCGCACACUGCGUCGCCAUAAAAUAAACUAUAUUGAACGACUAGCGCUAGCCCCUUCGAGCACCGACCCACUCUAGCGGUACGGUGGUCGGAGUAAGACCUAGUUUUUGGCAGGAUUCAUCUUAACACACAAAUGAGUGUAUUGGUCAUACCGGGCAUUGAGGUUUCUUUGAAAUCAUUAUUAUUUACACCUACCGUAGAAAGCCUAAACAAUUCAGUAGUACCAGUAGUAGUACAACGACUGAGCUCCAUUCAAGAAAUCACCUCCUGCACAAAAAGACUUCCAGAUUGACCUACCAGGGGGCAUAUGAGUCAAUAAAGUCCACCCAUUACC